CAGAUACAGUGGAUGUAUGAUAAAAAAAACAAAAACAGUAUAAAGUUAUGAAUCCAAUUCCAAGGAGGAAAUUUGUCACUUGCAGUGGUUUUUCAAACCCCAAACUCUACCCCUCCACUCUCCACGUGUUUCUGAAAAACAAAACAAAACCAGGGGGCGCGAUUUUCCCAUCUAUAAUAAUCUAAUCUAUUACAGUUCUAUAUAUAAUGAGCAAAUCCCAAUUCAUUUUCAAGCAUCCAAAAUUCAAAAAGACACAAAUCAACACACACAGAUACCAAAAAAAUGAGUUGUUGCAGAAAAGGUUGGGUUGUAGCUGCAAGUGUUGGAGUGGUGGAGGCUUUGAAAGAUCAAGGGAUUUGCCGAUGGAAUCAUACCAUUAGAUCGCUUCAACAAUACGCUAAAAAUCAUGUUCGAUCCAUUUCUCAGGCUAAGAAGCUUUCUUCUCCCUCCGCAGCCGCGGUUUCCGAUCACAAAUGGAACCAAUCCGAGGAAUCUUUGAGAACUGUCAUGUACUUGAGCUGUUGGGGCCCCAAUAACUGAUCGUUCCACAUCACAUAUACCUUUUUUCUUUACUCUAUUAGAUUACUGUUGUGUAUAUGUAUAUAUAUCCACUUCAAUUCAAAAUCAAUGGAAGAGUUUUUCUUAAUCA